AUGUGCGGGGCCCGAGACAUAUUGGCGGAGUCCCAGUUCCGCCAUGGAAGACACCAGUUCUGCAGCCUGGGCAGAGAGCCUAUUGUUCAGUGGGCAUUAGCUGAUAUAGUAGAAAUAGGUGAAUUGCUACCCAAUAUCAUUAAUAUCAAAGUAUCAAAGAGCCCUUGUGCAGGUGAUGUGGCUGUACUUGGUUUUCUAUUUGAUGAUGACGUUAAUGACUGCAGUGAUCUUGCACUUUUGGAUGUCAUGUUAACCAACACUCGUUUAGUCUUACUUACUACUCUGGGACUAUUUAUCAGUGAAGAUUUGCGUUAUGGAAGCUUAUAUAUGUUAAAAUUCAGCAAACCAAACUUCUGUGGAUUUGAAAGGGAUGAUUAUUACAAAGCAAAAAUAUGGUAUAACGUCCAGUGUCUGGCUAACCAAGAAAACUAUGAAUUGGAUUAUAUUUCCCUCACAUUCAACAAAGAUAAAACAUUAAGCCAGGAAUCUACUUGUUUUUAUAGUUAUGAUCCAUUUAAACAAUGGCACAGCUGCUUGCCUCGCAAAAAAAAAGCUGAAAGGUUCAUUUCUCAACGAGCAGUUUCUUUUCUUGUUGAUUAUCAACAGAACACUGGCAUAGGUUUUUUAACUCAGCAGGAGGAACAUGCAGAUGAGUUGCAUGAUGGACAACAACCUGUGCAUGAAGAUGAGCAUCAUGUCCUGUACAUGAGGAUGAGCAUCAUGUGA